AUGGAUACAAAUCAAAGCAUGGAAGAAAUAAUUGACGUAGUGGGUGAUAUGUCGCAAGAUGACACCUUCUCCAGUGCUUCUUCGGUCAUAUCUGAAAAAGAGAAUCAACUUGGUCUUUCUGAGCAAGAUCACAACUCCGAACGGAAAUACUUCUGUCAGCGUUGUUUGAAUCACGGCUUUGAACACCCUCGAAAAGGACACAAACCUCAUUGCAAAUAUGCUAAAUGUGAUUGCAAGGAUUGUUCCAUGGUAGAGAGAAGACGCCAACUUAACAAUAUUCUCUCAAAAUGUAAUCCUGCAAUAAUGAAGACUGAGGUGGUGAAUGGAAAAAAGAGUAGAAUACCAUGUUGCUCUCGUUGUUCUUGUCACGGUCACAUCAAUCCACUCAAAGGGCAUAAGAAAGCUUUGUGUCCUUUCCGAGACUGCCAAUGCAAAACUUGUGCUAUGGUGGUUCUUCGUCGUGACUGUAUGGCAGCUCAAGUAAAACUUAGACGUGGGCAAUCCAAAGGAAAGAACCAUUAUGGAAGCGGCACCGAAACAAGUGAUGAUUGUGUAGCUUUCUCCAUGCCCAAAAUGAACCGUGGUAAAGGAAGAAUUCGUAAAACUCUUCCUAUUCCUUCAUUAGCCUCGAAGCUCACUGUGCCAUCCUUAAACUGUAAUUCACCAUCUCCACCAGCACUCUCUCCGACAUUCUCUUUGUCAUCUCUUUCUUCGAAUGUCUCUUCUCCGGCUCCAUCACCUCUCCUUCAAACGGAAUUUUCAAUGCCAACCACUAAUGUGACAACUACCGUCACAAGCGUCAGUACAGCUCCUCUACCAGCUGGAAUACUCAUUCCUACUCCAUUAACUGCUGUUCCACCUGUAAUGAAUUCAAUUAUGCACACUCCACCAAUUGUGAACCUGACCAAUGGACUGCCAGCUCCACGAGCUAUAAAGCCCAUGUUGUUUGGUGAGCUGCCUUAUGACUUGAAUUCUACCAUCGGGCAACUGUCGCUACAGUACAGAGCAAUGCAACUGGAGAACUUGCGCAAUACUCUUAUGCGUUUUCAGAACUGCUCAGAUCUUAUACCGAAUUCCAACUGA